AUGGCCGCACCGGCAGCUCCCAAUGGCCGCUUGGCAGAAUACGACCUUAAGUACAUCGAUAAAGGUGCUUUUGGGGCGGUCUACAAGGCAGUUCGCAAGUCAGAUGGACGCGAGUUUGCGGUGAAGCAGGUCGACUUGUCCCAAAUUAAGACGCGUAUGGAGACUGCUAUGGCCAUCGACGAGGCUCGUAUGCUGUCGCAGCUGAACCACCCGCACGUUAUUCGGUAUUAUGACAGCUUCAUUGACGCGGAGAACCGGCUAAAUAUUGUGAUGGAGUAUGCCUCCAAGGGGAGCGUUAAGGAACUCCUUAAGAAAUUUAGAGGUAGAGCAAUGCCGGAGGACGGCGUGUGGCGAAUUGUCAUCCAGACGCUCCUCGGGCUUCACUACUUGCACUCCAAAAAAAUCAUCCAUCGCGACAUCAAAUCGGCAAAUCUAUUCAUUGACGCGAACGACAACAUUAAAAUUGGCGAUUUGGGUGUUGCCAGGGCCCUCUCUGCCAGCUCCAAUCUGGCACGCACACAACUGGGGACACCAUACUACCUCGCACCAGAGGUCUGCGAGGACAAGCCAUACAACAUCAAGUCGGACAUUUGGUCCUUGGGCGUCGUGCUGUACGAGUGUUGCAUGGGUUGCUACCCCUUCGAUGUUGACAACAACAAUGAGGCAGCCCUCAUCCGCAAAAUUGUACGCGGCCAGUUCAAGCCUGUACAGGGUCCCUUCUCGCCCGCCCUCAUCCAGCUGGUCACCUCAUGCCUCACCUUCAAACCCGAGAGCCGUCCCGACACCUCCCUGCUGCUCCGAAAUCCAGCGCUGGUAGCUAAAGCCAAGGCACUCAACAUCGAUCUGAACCCCCGUCCCGCCCCAGACGAUAAAGGGGCCUUCGCGGCGCCCAAGGGUGGCCAAUCACCCCCGGCAGCAGCAACUCCACCGGCGGCAGCAGCUCCCGCCGGGCAUCCUUUCAUUGGCGCAGCCGGCUCGCCGGGGCCUGCUGGGAUGUAUGCUUCGCCCCAGCAGCCCCAGCGGCAGCCGCCGCCGCCGCAGCAGUCGCCUCAGUAUCCUUACCAGCAGUCCCCGGGGGGAGCAUAUUCACCGUACAACAACCAGCCUGGCGGUGGCGGACGUGCACCUGCCAAUCACCCGUUUGCGUUACCAGGAGGGGGUGCGGGUGCGGGCCCUGCGCAAGCAUACAGUCCCCCGCCACACCCGUAUAACCAGCGGGACUACAACGGCUCGCCCCCGGGAGGGAAAUACGGCCAGGCGUCGCCGGGGCCGCCGCCGUAUGCGGUGCACCAGAACGGCGACGGCCCCCGCUAUGCCUGGGAAGAUUUAGCGGCGGAUGUGAACAAGAUCCAGAUACAGGAGAGCGAGGUGGCGCGACAGCAGGCGGAUCGGUUGCAACAAGCAAAGGCCAACCUGCACGCGGGAAAGCAAGACCAUGCCAAGGAUGUCAUUUAUGGUGGACCCCAGGACUCUGGGCCCAAGGUGCAGCGGCUGUCUCCGAACUUGUUACCCGCGGCGGGGAAGCGGCCGACCUCGGCACACGCGGGCGCACCCUUCGCCACGCACUUCGGCGCUGCUGCUGGGUUCCAGACGCAAGCCCAUGCGAGCAUGAACGACGCGUGGAAGGCCCAGUACCAGCCGCCGCAGUACGGCAGGCGGAGAAACCCAGAGCUGCAGAUUACGGGGCCCAGUCUACGCAGCGGAGGGCCGCGAGGAGGCGGUGGCGGCGGCGGCCGGGCGGGAUUUGUCCCUGCUGCCGACGACGCCACUACGUACGUCAGCUCUACCUCGUACUACACUAGCAACCGUUAGCAGCAGUUGCUGAAGCGGAGGACGUUUCUCCCGAGGCAGAGUAAGAUCAGCUUCGGUUGUGGUGGAGAGCAUCCAUCAGAAGUGUGCUUAAUGCAGAAGACACGACACGAUGCAAGUCCUCAGCGUCACUCAGAGCCGUGCUCUGUACUUCAAGGCUCCCACCCUGCAGCCUGCCAGCAGCCCAGGGUGCCUAGUACUGCUCCCCUCGCUGCUGCUUCACCAGGGAGAGGAGCGAGGCUCUGCCUGUGAAGUGCCAACUCGGUUACUACAGCAGCGUGCACAUGUCGUUUAGAUUGUCAGGAAUGGAGAUAAGGGUGGAG